UCACUAACUUACAUACUAACAUUUCUAAUUUCUUGAUGCCAGCUUUAACAUCACUUGAAUGAGAUUUACCCCAAAACAAAAAUAUAAGCUGUUGUGAGUGUGUAUCUUUCCCCUCAAGUCCCUUUUCUUUUCUUUUUUGGAAGGAAGCACCAAUGGGGGCGGAGGAAGCAGGAAGAGUAUUUUCGGCCCUCUUUCUGGUGCUGUUUCCGGCAGUUCAGCUAUCAUCAUCUGGAUGUGUGACCUACAAUUACAGCGAAACCUGUGGCUUUGUGGGCUCAUCAGUAGAGUUUCCCUGCUCCUAUCCCCAAAACGUUAAGGUCAUGUCAAUAUCAGGAUGGUCCAGACAAUUGUAUCCUCACAGGAAACUUACACCCUUGGAAAAGAUACAAGCUUAUUCGAACAGAAUUAAGUACCUCAAACGUGGAAACAAUGAUUGCACCAUGAAACUUACAGGCUUAAGAAAAAGUGACACAUCCAAUUACUACUUUAUUUACAAGUCCAUAAAAGUUACAGGUCAUCCAAUGACAUGUAAAAGUGUCCCGGCAGUGAGACUCCACAUUGUUGCCUCUCCUGUUAGCAUCCUGGUGAAGAAGCUUGUUAAUGGACAGGAUGUGGCUGUUGCAGAUUGCACAGUGAUGGAGGGUCAGAGGAUAAUGCUGACUUGUGUCUCCACCUGCGCUGCAAAUCUGAACUCCAACCCAGGCUACAUCUGGUACAAGAACAAUCUGCAAUUAAGUGGGAGCAGAGCAAACUCACCUUUCUUGUCUUUGGAGAACAUCAGUGUUGAGGAUACAGGCAGUUAUGUCUGCACCAUGAUUCUUUACAAAAACCUCCCCUCGUCUGUUGUCAACCUCAGAGUCCGGAGAAAACCCAGAAAUACUGUGGUGUCAGGUGAAAUCCCUGAUGCUGGAUCAGAAAAGGACAGUGUACCGACUCUGACACAUGUUUGUGAUGCACAGAACAACACAGACCAAAUCUUCAACAACUGCCGGACACCGUUCACAUUGUUCAUAAUGCUUUUAGCCAGUGUUAGUGUUGGAUUAGUCAUUACAAUAUUGGCUAUACUCGUCAUCAGAGCAAAGAAGAAAAAGGAUAAGAAGAUGAGAUGUGCUGGUCCCAACCACAACCGUGGCUCCUACAUGGUUCCAGAUAUCAACUCCAUGUCAGCUGAAUAUAACACACUGGACCCAGCGAGACGCUACACGGCUACUCACACUGUUUAUGAGAACCUACGCCAGCCUGGAAAGUGGGGAUGAAAGACUGGUUUUAAAGCAGCCCACCACCAGUUUUGCAUAUUAUAGCCCAUGUAUUAAGUGUCUAAGUUUCUUUUUAUUUCCAGUUUCCCCUGUGUACCACAAGUUUUCAUACUGAUAUCAAUUUGUAGCUGGAUUCAGCUCAUUUACUACAAUAUGGAACUUGACUUGGAUUUAAAGUCUAAUUUUAUCCUCCAUAGUGAUGCAUUUAUUUGUAAAACAAAAGCACUGAACAUUAAGUGCAUUUUUCCACUUUUAAACAACCUUAAACGAGUGUAAAAACGCUUUUGUUAAAUUUUACUUUCUUCAAAUGUUGCUGUUUCCAUCAAACUAAUGCAAUACUUUAAAUCGUACAUAAAAAUACAUUGACAGAAACACAGCUAUUGCCACCCUCCGGUAGUGUGGUUAAAAAUGACCAAAGUUUUGCUUACAAAGU